UUAUUAUUGUUUUUAUCAUAAAUAUGUUGUUCACUGUUUGUCACCAAUUUGUGGCCAUUUGUCACAUCAAUACAAAUAACAAACAACUGAUUAUAUAUGACCUGAAAAGUGAUGACAAAAGUCAUAUCGAUAUCCAAUCAAUUGUUUGCGCGGAUAAAAACAAUGAGAAGACACAACCCGUGACCGAUGACUAUACAAUACUUUGCGGUGAUUUCAAUGCCCGAAAUGAUUGUCUGGCCAUCGCUGACAACAGAAAACAGUUAAUUAUCUUUCAAUAUAUUGACAAACAAUGGAAACAAACAUUUAAGACAAAAGUUUCUCGAAAUUGUAUUAAAUUAUUGUUUUCUAUAAACAAUUCGGUGAUUUGCGGACACAAAUCGGGUGAUGUUUUUGAAUAUGAAAUGAAUGACAGUUAUUGUAAUUCACAAUCUGGUGACUACUUAGAUGGUGGCCGACUAUUAUUAGGUCACUGUUCAAUGCUAUUAGACGUAAUACAGACACAAAACGGCAAGUAUUUGAUAACGACUGACAGAGACGAGAAGAUUCGGGUCUCAAGAUAUCCCAAUACUUAUAAUAUUGAAACCUAUUGUUUGGGACACAAGGAGUUUGUUUCAUCUGUUGGUUCUUUUAAUGAUAAGAUAUUAGUGUCCGGUUCUGGAGACGGAUCUAUUAGAUUGUGGAAUAUAAACGAUGGAAAACAAGUCAAUCUAUUGAAUUGUGAUCCAAAUGAAGACAAUCAAACAGAAACUCGCACUCAAUUUGCAGUCAAGAAGUUAGUCACUAAUUGUGACAUUUUAUGCGUUUCUUUCUUUAAGCAAUCGGUGGUAAAUGUCUAUACAUAUGAGUCCACAAAUCUAACUAUAAAACUGAUUCAUAAUUUAAAUCUAAAGACUGAACCGAUUAACUUAUACUUUGAUAUCAAUGAAACUAACGUCUUAUGGAUUUUAUUGGCAACAGAUGUGAAACCAUUAAAUUUAUUUAAAAUAAGUGAAGAAAAUAUUAUUAAUUAUGAUAUUUACCACAAAAUAGUCGAUGAAUUGAAUAAUAAUCAAAGAUUUGUCAAUAAUUGUGUUAAUGCUCUAAAAAAUACUGAUUUCGAGGGUCUAUACAAACAAUCAUUUAAUAAUGUGGAGACAUAUAUGAAACAAAAACAAGAGAGACAACAAACUAACAAUAAAAAGACAAAGUUUUACCACUUUUCAGAUGAUAAUUAGUGUCAAAAAUAUUUAUUUCUUAUUAAGUGAUUAUAAAA